AUGGGUGACGAGAGAGAAGUUAGGGUUUCGGAGGCUGCUGCACAGGAUGCGAUGAUGGAGGAUAUUGGAGAUAGGGGAAGGCCACCGGGGGAUCCACCGGAUGCUCCGAAGGUUUGGGUUGAGAAGGUGACUGGCACAGCUGGUGGGGGUCGGUUGUGUCCACAUAUGGUGCUGGAUGAUGAGUUUGUGGAAUCAAGGUUGCAACUUGAGUUUCCGAAUGGGCCUGGAGGAGAACCGGUUAUUACUAUUGGGAAGGAGGUCUUGGACGUGAUGAAGGGCUUAUGGAAGCAGUGUAUGAUUGUGAAGGUGCUAGGUAGGAACGUGGGGAUUUCGGUCCUAAACCGGAAACUGAAAGAGUUGUGGAAUCCGAAGGGGAGUUUGUAUGUGAUCGAUCUGCCGAGGGGGUUUUUCAUGGUCCGGUUCGAACGGGAGGAGGAGUAUUUGGCGGCUCUGACGGGUGGUCCAUGGAGAGUGUUUGGUAGUUAUUUGUUGGUGCAGGCAUGGUCCCCGGAUUUUGACCCAUUAUGUGAUAAUAUUGUGACGACGCCGGUGUGGAUUCGGUUGUCAAACCUUCCGGUGCACUACUAUCACCGUGCAAUUCUGAUGGGAAUUGCACGAGGGAUAGGGAACCCUAUUCGGGUUGAUCUUAACACGAUGAAUUUUGAAAGAGCUCGGUUUGCGCGUGUAUGUGUGGCUGUGGAUUUGUCUCAACCUCUGAAAGGGACAGUCCAAGUGAACGGUGAGCGUUAUUAUGUGUCUUAUGAGGGUUUAACCAACAUCUGUUCGAGUUGUGGAAUCUAUGGCCAUCUUGUGCACCAUUGUCCAACGAGGGAGGUAGUGCAACAACUGGAGAUCGUUGCUCCGACUGUUCCGACAGCUGUGCGAGCCACACUCCCGGAGGAGAAUGGAUUUGUUGAAGUUCGGAGAAGUAGAAAGUCUGCGCCAUCGCCAGCAACGGCGGUUGAGUCCUCGGUACGCAAAGGAGCGGAACCAAAUCUUGGGCGAAAUCUUCGGGAUAUCUCUGGUGCUAAAAAUAAGGAAAAUGUGGUGAUUACGAAUCAAUUUGCCUUGUUGGAGGAAGAUACGGGAUCUGAAGAUCCGAAGCGGAACGCGAUAUCAUCGGAGGCUAAUAAGGAAAAUGUCGACCUCUUAAGUCAACAGAAUAAAGGGAAGAGUGCGGUACAAGGUAAUGGUCAAGGGGCUUUCAGUUUUGGGGCCAGUAAUAAUCGGGCCCAGAAGGCUUUUCAAAAGGAGGGAAGGGUCGGAGGUAGUAAAGGUGCUGAUGUGAAGGGGCAAAGGCCCAAACAAGUUAAACAGAUCAGGCCGACCUAUGGGCUGAUUUUCGGCCCAACGAAAGGGGAUAUGGAGCUAUCGACUUCUUGGAAGCGUCAGAGAGGAGAACUCGAUGUUUCUGGUAGGCCUGGGGGUAUCUUUAUACCGGAAAGACAACUAAUUCAGGAGGUUCGACAGCAGGAGUUGAAUCAUGAGUCGAGGGGAAGUCAUUCGAUGGAGAAGGAGACGACUGCACUGGAUCAGGCUGAGAGUGGUCUUUCGGCCACGGCGAUGGAGACGGUCUCGGCGGUGCUUAACGGGGAGGUUGAAAUUGUGAAGACUGCUUCUCAGUUUAUUCAUGCUAGGAUGAAGAAGGAUGGGGAAACCAUACACUUAAUUGCUGUCUACGCUGCACCCACUGUCAGUAGGAGAAGUGGUCUCUGGGCAGAGCUAAAGGAGGAGGUGAGUGAAAUUAACAGACCGGUGUUGAUUGGUGGAGAUUUUAACACCAUUGUUCGUCUUGAUGAAAGGUCGGGUGGCAGUGGCGGUCUUUCACAGGAUUCUGUUUUGUUUGGUCAAUGGAUAAAUGACCUCUCUCUGAUAGACAUGGGAUUUCGGGGAGGACAAUUCACCUGGAAGAGAGGCAGAGAGCAGAGAACUUUUGUUGCUAAAAGACUGGACCGAGUGUUAUGUUGUGCGGAGGCAAGGCUCCGAUGGCAAGAAGCGACGGUCACUCAUCUUCCUUUCUUUUCUUCCGAUCACGCGCCCUUAUAUGUCCAACUCUCACCGGAGGUGCGAGGGGAUCCUAGGAGACGUCCGUUUCGUUUUGAAGCGGCAUGGCUGCAACAUGAAAGCUUCAAAGAUUUGCUAGUGUCUUCAUGGGAUAAUACGGUUUCCACACCACGAGCCUUGCAGACUAUGAAGGAGAAGCUGAGGAAGUGGAAUAUAGAAGUGUUUGGGGAUGUGCAGAGGAAAAAGGAGAAGCUAAUGACAGACAUUACGGACGUUCAGGCUCAGCUGGAUAUUCUACAAACAAAUGCUUUGCUAACGAAAGAAGCAGGGUUGAUUAAAGAGUUUGAAGUGGUUUUGGAACAGGAGGAGAUGAUUUGGUUCCAAAAAUCAAGAGAAAAAUUUAUCGCCCUUGGAGACCGUAACACAAAGUAUUUCCAUACUUCUACUGUGGUACGCCGUCGACGAAACCGGAUCGAAAUGCUCAAAGGAGAUGAUGGAGCUUGGAUAUCCGAUACUAAAGCAUUGGAGGAGCUAGCCAUUGCGUAUUAUAAAAGAUUAUACUCGAUGGAGGAUGUGGAUCUGGUUGUGGGAAAGCUACCACAAGGGGGGUUUUUCGAAUCAGGGGAACUACCGGCGGAUCUGAAUGAUGCACUAUUGGUACUUAUUGGGAAGGUUGCCAAGCCAGAAAGGGCGUUGGUGAUGCGGUUAAAACGAGUCAUAUCUCUCUUGAUUGGACCAGCUCAAUCAAGCUUUAUCCCGGGAAGACUGAGUACAGAUAAUAUAGUGAUUGUACAAGAAGCGGAGGAUACAUUGCGAGCAGCAUGUCUCCCAGAUAAGUGGGUUGGUUGGAUCAUGCAGUGCGUUACAGGUCCUUCGAUGACUCUACUUUGGAACGGGGAACAAACGGAAGCUUUCAAGCCAGAGAGAGGGAUCCGGCAAGGAGAUCCCUUGUCUCCAUAUUUGUUUGUUCUAUGUAUGGAGAGGUUGUGUCAUUUAAUCGAUAGAUCAGUGGGGAUUAAAGAUUGGAAACCGGUGUGUCUCUCCAGAGGUGGACCGCUCUUAUCACAUGUAUUGUUUGCGGAUGACUUAAUCUUGUUUGCGGAAGCCUCAGUGAGCCAAAUCAGAGUGAUACGAGGUGUACUUGAAAGAUUUUGUGCGGCUUCGGGUCAGAAGGUUAGUCUCGAAAAAUCAAAGAUUUUUUUCUCUGGGAAUGUGAGUCGGGAGCAUCGCCAGCAGAUCAGUUCGGAGAGUGGAAUACAGAUGACCUGUGACCUUGGGAAGUAUUUGGGGAUGCCGAUUCUUCAUAAGAGAAUCAAUAAGAAUACGUUUGGUGAAGUCUUGGAAAGAGCAAAUUCUAGGUUAGCUGGUUGGAAAGGCCGCAUCAUGAGCUUGGCUGGCCGAAUCACUCUAACUAAAGCUGUUCUCUCGUCCCUACCGGUCCAUACAAUGAGUACCAUCUUGCUUCCCAAGUCUACCUUGAGUGCCCUGGACAAAAUCUCAAGGAAUUUCAUUUGGAAUAGCACGGCAGAAAAGAGGAAACAGCAUCUAGUUUCCUGGAAACAGUUAUGUCUACCAAAAGGGGAAGGAGGGAUAGGUAUUCGGGCUGCGGAACCCAUGAAUAAGGCGUUGGUUGCAAAAAUUGGAUGGAGGGUUCUCUUUGACGUAUCGAGUCUCUGGGCUCGGGUUGUGAGAAGUAAGUACAAGAUAGGUGAUGCAUCUUGGUUUAUAGCAAAGAGCAGUUGGUCUUCAACCUGGAGAAGUGUUGGGGUAGGCUUAAGAGAAGUGGUGAUCCCGGGUCUCGGUUGGGUCCUUGGGGAUGGAGUUAUGAUCAAAUUCUGGAAGGAUAAGUGGAUGGGGGAUUUCUCUUUGUAUGAUAGGCGGAUAGGAGAUCCUCCAGUUGAACUCCAACAGGUUCGGAUUCGGGAUUUAUGGCAUGAUGGUGUUGGUUGGGACUUCCCGCGUUUUGAACAAUAUCUUCCAGACUUCGUGUGCUUGAACCUCAGGUCAGUUAUUGUUGAUACUGAUACGGGGUCUAAGGACAGAAUCUCGUGGAAAGCUAGUUUGGAUGGGCGAUUCUCAGUGAAAUCGGCAUAUGAAGCUCUGACUAGAAACACGGUUCCAAGACAGAAUAUGGACAUUUUAUACGGUAUGGUUUGGCGUAGUGCGGUACCAGAAAGAGUAAGGGUUUUUCUUUGGAUGGUGGUUAAGCAAGUUAUUAUGACAAAUGUGGAAAGGCACAGACGGCACUUAAGUGAUUCUGGGGUCUGCAUAGUGUGCAAAGCAGGGGAGGAAACGAUCAUACAUAUUCUUCGAGAUUGCCCUGCGAUCUCAGGGGUCUGGAUGCGGAUUAUACCACCUCGUCACCAAUCUCUGUUCUUUCAUCAAAGUUUAUUAGAAUGGGUGUUCACUAAUUUGUCUAAUAAUCAGGAGUUGUUUGGAGUGCCAUGGUCUACGCUGUUUGGUAUGAUCGUAUGGUGGGGCUGGAAGUGGAGAUGUGGUAACGUUUUCGGGGAAGUUGGUAAGUGUAGGGAUCGAGUGCGGUUUGUGAAGGAGAUCUCUCAGACAGUGCACAAUGCACACUUGGUUACCAAAGGUGUAUCUCGUGCGGUGGGUCGAGAAAUAAGACUGAUCUCGUGGCAGGCUCCGGAUGUCGAUGGGUCCGAUUGA